CUCAGGGCAGGACUAGCAGAGUCAGUGUUUGUCCAGAGACACGGGGGUUGCUGGAUCUGGGUAUUUUUUUUCCCUGAUGAGUGAGUUAUGGGACAGCACAGUGUGCCAUCUUGCCUUCUCUGGGAUUUGGCUGCAGGCUCCAUCUGGUUUUCCAAUGUAGCUUCUCUGGCCUUCAGAGAAAUAUUAAUAACAUUUCAUUGUUUGUUGCAGCCCAUCCGAUUAGAUCUGGAGGUCUGUGCAUACACAGCUCAUGGGAUCUUUUCUCUCAUUAUUCACAUCUGCUACAUUAUCACUUAAACCUUGUCCUUACUGCAAAGGAAAAACAACUUGUUUUUUCCUCUUAGAUAUAACGGAAGAAGUAAUUAAAGAUCUCCCUGUGUACCAGAAUAAUUAGAUUUAUGCGUGUUAAUAGAAAUAUUCCCAUUGCAAGUGCCUUAACCAAAAAGCCAAGUCAGAGUUUACUCCACAAUGAGUGUUUACCCCGGGUCCCAUUUCUUUGGACCACUCCUCAGAUCUUUUACCUAAAUUAUUACCUAGCUGUAGAUUUUAGGCUAGGAUGUUACCUUUCCUCUGUUCUGAAUGGAUAUUUUUGCUCAUUUCUCUGUUUUUACGGCAGAUGCAUUUCAGUUGGGGAAUUCCCGGCUGAUUUUACUUUCAUUUUGCUCGGUCUUUUGUUGCUGAGGUCUCGAAAGAAAGGCAGGAAGGGCUUUGUGUCUCAGGGCAGUGGUGAGUUAGCACAUGGGAAAAUCAAGGCAGUGGACAUCGUUCUCCAAAUUUGUUGUUUGGUGACCCCCACACUUGUUUUGGUGCUGGUACUCUCUUUCUAGGCUUCUGGUGAGUACUCUGUGUCCUCAGAGCAGACAAGAAGUUGGUAGAUUUGCGACAGGGAGUUUCACAUUUCAGUUUAAUUUUUUUGUGCUAAGAACGCUGUGAAUGCCAAGUUGGGGAGGGGAGGUUAAGUUUUGCAAAGUGUGUUAAAGAUGGUUUUGCAUUUGAAGGCCAAGGAUCAAGGCUCAUAAUUUUUUUGGCUUUUCUUGGGAGGUUUUUGUGCUUCAUUUUUGGGAUCAGAGGUAUUUUACUGAAGGUAACUGCCAAUCAUUCUUGAUGGUCUUAUUGAGCAGAGCAGUAGUACAGGAGCUGUGCAGCAUGGCUGAGCUUUCAUCCAACUUUCCAGUGUUGUUUUGUUGUUUAAUAUGAGUCUUUCAUUAAUUUGUAUGAGUCUACUCUUUGCCUGAAUGGCUUUCAGUCUUCGUUGGCAUUAAGGGCUGAUUUUAUUUGUCUAUGUAUGUAUUUAAUAUGGCUUUAUUAAGUCUGUUGUUCUUGAUCGGAUGGUGAUUGCUUUCCUCUUCCCUUUCCCUGUGGCAGGGGUGGCUGGACAACAACUACUGCCAGAUGCAGAGCAGGGUGAAAUUUCCCUUCUCCCUUUCUGCUGAGAGGUGGGGAGCUGGCACUGGGGGCAUUUUCAGCCCCCUACACUUGAAACUCUUUUGUGAGAGCUGUGUAGUCUCAGAGGAUCAGCUUCUCACAGUUUUUCUGGUGUGACUGACUUCCUGACUAAAGUAAGAUUUUGCAUCAGCUUCCUCAGAGGGCCUGACAGCAGCAGAGUGGCAUAACCCAGCUCAAACCAGGCAGUGACACCAGGAAAGUCGUGAUUCCCACAAAGUGUUCCUCUAAAACUGUCUUCACUUGUAUCCUACAGAACAAGGCUCAGUCCUGCAUUUUCAUGAGAUCAAGAGUGAAUCCUCAAAUGUUGAAACUUUAUGGUCUCUGCUGGUUUGAGUGAGAAGAGAUGAAAAGCAUCACAGAUGACCCUUGGAUCAAAGGCAGAGCUUCUGGAUUUGUGACCCAUGUAAUUGCCAUGGCCUGGCAAGUCUACAUCAAGCUCUGUUGGUGUUAUCCCCAGGUAUCUGCACCAAGUGAGGCAUGUCCCAUGUACUGCGGUGUGUCUGUGUGCCAAGACUGCCUCUAGCAGAUCAAUUCUCUGCCAGAAUAUGGAGCAGAAGCCACCUUUGUAUUUGACAACUGGAAGGAAACUGAUUACAGAACAAUGCAGCCCCCGUUUCAGAAUGACGAUCUGGACCUGCCAGCAGCUGUAGCAAGAGCCCGGCCCCAGCUCGUGCAGCUCCUCACUCCCUGUGUCCCCUGGCUGCUCUCGACUUCCCAGAGCUUCAUCCCCGAGGUGGCCCUGAGCAGCAUGGGGGCCAUCGCUGACCCCAGAGAAAAAACCUCGGUGCUCCUUGACCUGCUGGAGGAGGCUGGUCCUGCUGCCUGGAAACACUUUGCACAGUCUGUCUGCAUGGAGUUUGACCUGCCCCUGGAUCUGGAGGUCCUGCUCAUGAGCUCUGCAGGAGAAGGUUACUUCAGCCAGACAGAAGAAGCAGGCACAGAUACAAGAGUCCAGUCGUCUGUGCCAAAAGGCUCUGCUCGCCGUCGCCGUUGCAGCAGCUCCGGGAGUGACAAGGAUGCCAAACAGCGACGGCUGGAUUUAUCUGCAAAGUACCGGCAUCUCCUCAUCAAUUCUAUCCACCAGAGGUAUGGAAGCAGGAGAGAAGCAGGAGCAGAAGCACAGGAGCAAACACAGCCACUGCCUUUCAACCAAACCUUUGUCAACGUUGUCAUUCACCAGAGCAAAGUCCCCCGCUUAAAAGAGAAAACAGAGAAAGCCCGGGAGGAGCUGGCAGGUGCUCCUGAGCCAGAGGAAUGUGCAGAUACAGCCAUGAAAGUGUCAGACCUGUUCUGUAGUGAGGCCCCAUUCCACACCACGAAGGUGAUCUUUUUGUUUGGUAAACCAGGUACAGGCAAGACCAGGCUGAUGCACAGGAUUUGUCAGAAAUGGGCAGAAGGUGUCCUGCCUCAGUUUCUCUUCACUUUCCUGUUUGAGUUUCGGCAGCUGAAUUUGUUAAGAAGAAAACUGACCCUGAAGGAACUUUUGUUUGACAUGUUCCUCCAGCCAGAGGACAGCCCUGAUGCAGUGUUCCAGGAGCUCCUGGAGAAUGCCCAGCAGACACUGAUCAUCUUUGAUGGGCUGGAUGAGUUUGCAGCUAACAUGGAUGUGUCAUCCUCCUCUAAGAGAGACCCAGGUGUCACCUCCCCUAUGCCCAUUUCCCAGCUCUUUGCAGACCUCUGUCACGGGAAGCUCCUGCCUGGUUGCACAGUGUUGGUCACCAGCCGACCCAAGAGGCUGCCUGACUUCUUGUUAUAUACAGUAAGUGUGUUGGCAGAAAUUUGGGGAUUUGACCAUGAGAAGGUUGAGGAAUAUGUCAGCCACUAUUUUCGUCAGCAUUCCUUCAGAGAACGAGCCAUUGCUCACGUGAAGAACAACACCAAACUGCUCAGCAUGUGCCUCAUCCCUGCUCUGUGUAACAUCGUGUGCAUCUGCUUGGAGUAUUUGCUCCUUAAACACCAGAUGAGUGUGGAGCUUCCCCAGACUAUGACACAGUUUUAUAUCAAAAUGUUUCUCAUCUUCCUAAACAAGCAGCAAGGAGACUGUGCCAGUGAUGAGGAGACUCAGCUGAACUGUAACAAAAAGGCCAUUUUGGGUCUGUUUGAUCUUGCACUGAGAGGCCUGGAAGAGAAGAAGCUUGUGUUUUAUGUUGAUGAUAUCCCCGAGGAUGUGAAGGAAUUUGCUUCCUUGCAUGGAUUGCUGACUGCCUUUGAGGUGAAGACGAGUGGCUCUUGCCCAGAGGUUGGCUAUGCCUUUGUGCACUUGAGCUUGCAGGAGUUUUUUGCAGCACUGUGUCUCAUGGUGAGUAGGAGGGUGGACAAGAACUACCUGAAGAAGAAGUUCUUCUUGAAGUCAAAGUGGACUUCAAAGAAUGAGACAAAGACUGAGUUUAUGGAGAGUUUUCACAUAUUUCUCUCAGGCUUGUCGUCAAGAGAGUGUAGGACAUUUCUCAUGCUACUGGCAGAGCAAGAUGAAGCUUGGGUGCAGGAAAAGCAGGACGUGAUCCUGCAGUCUCUCAAGAAACUGGCAGCCACUCAUCUCUCAGGGCCUAAGGUCCUUGAGCUCUGCCACUGCACCUUUGAAACACAAAACCUCGAAGUAGCCCAGCAUAUUGGGAGCCUGCUGAAUUUCAAGUAUGAGUUUAAAAACUUCAGAAUGACAACACUGGACAUGUCAGCUUUGGUUUUUGUCAUAAACUCGAGCCAGGAUUUGAUUUGUUUGGAUUUUGCAGGAUGUCUUGUGGACACUGACUGUUUGGAAGUUCUGGCUGGCUGUAAAAAUGUGGAACACUUGAGCUUUCGUAGCAGGAGAUGUGGCAAUGACUUUGCUGCUGCUCUUUCAAAGGCCAUACAAGGAAUGGGGAGCCUGAAGAAACUAGAGUUGACAGGUGGGAGCAUCACAGCUGAGGGGAUGACUAACUUGGUCCAGGCUGCAUCACAGUGCCUCCAGCUUGAGGAAAUAAACUUGCAGGGCAAUCGGAUACGGGAUCCAGAAGUGAAGAGGGUGAUGGACCUGUUCUCCAAAAUGAAAAAGCUGAAGAAAGUAGACCUGAGCAACAACCAUCUUUACUUGGAUGCUGUUCUCAGUUUGGCAAAGGAAGGCAUCGUGUGUCAAAAUGUCACUGAGCUGUGUGCCAGGGUGAACACUGUGAUUAUUUAUUUUUCUGGCACGUCUGGGGAAGUUCAAAGAUCUUUGGAUUUGAAGUUGGAAGACAAUAAAGAACACAUAAGUCCAACUAGACGUGUGAAAUUAUGCUUGCAGGAUCACAGGCUGUCUUCCCAACAUUCCAAGAUGAUUGUGGCCAUUCUCCAGAGCUGUCCCUGUCUCUCUGAAGUGGAUUUAUCAGGCAACAAGCUUGGAGAUGAAGGCUGCAGUUAUCUGCUGGAAAGCCUCCCCUGUAUAUCGAUUUCCAAGCAGCUGAAUCUCAGCCAAAACCGCCUCUCUGUCACUGGCAUUUGCAGCCUGUUGAAGUCAGUAAAAACCUGCCAGAGGGUGAUGGAGGUGCAGGUCAGCCUUUCUCAUGAUACUGCAGUCCUGAGGUUUAGAGAAGACAGGGAGUUCGCUUCCCUUCCUCCUAGGGAGGAACCUUUCUUCUCUACUGAUGACCAACAACAUGAGGAGGAAAACCAGACACCUACCACCUCCCAGAAAAUAAGACUGACAGACUGUAAUUUUCAAGCCAGUGACCUGCAGAAUCUGUGUGCAGCCCUGAAGGAAUGUGGCCACAUCUCUGAGCUGGACCUAUCACACAAUUAUCUGGGAGAUGAGGGACUUUUGCAGCUGUUUCUGUGCCUCCCCAAACUGAAAAUGUUACAUUCUCUCAAGUUUAACGACAACCAGGUCUCCCUGAACUCGGUGUUUUUCUUAGCUGAGUCAUUAACUACACUGGAACACAUUAAGACAGUGAGCCUCAGCUUAGGACACACACAGGUGGUUCAUCUGACCUUUUGGGAAAGAGUCAGGAGUGCCAGCAGAUGGAGAAGUGGUUCCCGGGCACAUGCCAAGCAGGAAGCAAAAGGACGGAGCUUUUGUCUCAGGGACUGCAGAGUGGGUCUGGAGGAUGUGACCAGGCUGUGCCAGACACUGGCUCAAUGUCCCCAGCUGACAGAGAUCGAUCUGUCUGGAAAUUCAUUGAGUGACCAGAGCAUUGAGAGAUUACUGAGCUUUCUGCCAUCCCUCUGUCAUCUGACACUACUGAGUAUUAGGAAAAAUUCCUUGUCCCCACAUUGUGUUGUUUUACUCCUCAACUCCAUCAACCUCUGUGAGCGGAUCAGAGUGGUGGAAGUCAGGUCAGGUGAAAAUGCCUUCUUGCAUUUAGGAGCAACCACGCAAAGCCAAAAGACAUCCUGCAGGCUCACAGGCUGUGCCAUCGGGGAAGGGCAGGUCCAGGAGCUCUGCAGCAUCCUGGAGCAGCACGGGUGGCUGGAAGAAGUGGAUCUCUCCAGGAAUCAGCUGGGAGAUGAAGGGCUGAGGUGCCUCUUGGACCACUUGCAUCGAGUGCCUGGAACCUGCUCCCUCAACCUCAGCCAUAAUGGGAUUUCUCAGGAUGGAGUCCUACAUCUCAUAAAUGCCUUUGUCACAUCUGGAAACACCACUGAAGUUCAAGUCAGUUUGUGCUCCAAAGCAACUUUAAUCAUCAAGCUGGCAAGCGGAGAUGACCCCAGAAAGAUUUUGAGACUGGCAGAGUGCAACUUUCAGCCAGAGCAUUUGGAAAAGUUGUUCUUGCUCCUGGAAAAGUGCACUGAUCUGACAGAGUACACGUCCUCAAAUAACAACAUGACAGUCCAAGCUGCAGAAAGACUUUUGCAUUCCCUGAGGAAAGAUCUGGGGCUGCUGAAGAUCAGCAUAGAAGAGCCGUGGGUGAGCAAAGAGAGAGUCAUGAACCUUCUCGAGCUGGCAGUCCAGACCUCUGGAAACAUUACUGAGAUCACGAUAUGUAAAGAUAAAACCCUCUUCCAAUUAGUCAUGAGAUUCCCACACUGCCUGGAGAAGACAGAAUCAGUUGUUAACAGACUGAGUCUGUACAAGCCAGAAAUCAAGCACUCCUUCUGCCAAAGGCUUUGUGGAAAAUGUGCUCAGCUUCAGGAGCUGAGAUGGUCUCACGUGGAACUCCAUGAAGAUGAAACAAAAAUUCUAGUCAGGAUUUUGCUGCCCCUUCCAGAGCUGAAGAUGUUUGGGCUGACCUCUAGCAAUGUUGCACCAACUGGAACUGAGUAUCUGAUCUCAGGCUUGCAGAAUUGCCACGCCAUUGAAGAACUCAACCUGGGCUGCAUGAAACUCAGCAGUGCUGCCAUCCCCGAGCUUGUGCUGGGGCUUUGUGAGAUGCCAUCCCUGAAAAGGCUUGUCUUGAACCACAACAGUAUUGGUAAUGAUGGCUGCUCCAGACUCGCAGAAGCCUUGAAGGAAAUGCACAACGUGGAGGAAAUCAAUUUAAGCCACAACCAGAUUGAAGAUCCAGGCCUGAUAAAUCUUGCUGCUGUCCUGCUGGAAAUGCAAAACCUGAAGAAACUCGACCUUUCAGGGAAUUGUCCUAGUCCUGCUGGAGGGGAAAAGCUGAUGGCAGCUCUUGCCCAUUGCAAGCACAUCAAGGAGUUACUACUAUCAAGGAAUGAUUUUGGAGACAGGACAGCAGUGACACUUGCCCUCUGUCUGCCUCACAUGACCAACCUGAAGAUCCUGCACUUCCAGAACAAUACAAUUGGGCAGGCAGGAGGGCUGGAGCUGGCCAGAGCCCUGGUGGUGUGUGAGCUGCUGGAAGAGAUAAGUUUAUCAGAAAACGACCUUGGGGAGCAGAGCAUCCGUGCCCUGUCCCAGGCGCUGCCGUGCUUCAAACGCCUGCGGAGGAUGGACUUGAAGUUCUGUGGGAUCACUGAUGAUGCUUCCAAAUCCCUGUCCCUCGGCUUCCGACAGUGCCCGUCCUUGGAGGAGAUAAUACUGUCUUGGAAUGCCCUUGGAGAUGGAGGAGCUCAAGAAUUGGCCAUUGCGCUCCCAAAGAUGGAAAAGCUGAAGGUGUUAGACCUGGAGAAAAACCGCAUUGGAGCCAGUGGGGCCACCAAGCUCGUGGAGGAACUUGCCAAGUGCCCAGAAAUUCAGUUCAUAAGGCUGUGGGACAAUCCAGUGCCCAAGAGCCUCGCUGAGAGUCUGACAAGCCAAGACCCAAGAUUGUGUUUCUCCUUCAACUAGAAAAGAAGAUCCUUUGCCUAACUAGGAGUUGCUCUCUGUCUCCUGCUGCCCCCAAAACUGCACUGAAGAGCCCAGGAACUCAGAGUUCCUACAACUGAAUGCUGCGACUAUUGGGUCUUUCUUUGCUGCACUGAACCAAGUGUGAACACUGGUGGUUUUUUGUUUGGUUUGGGUUUUUUUGUUUUGUUUGUUUUUUGUUUGCUUUG